AUGGAGCAGAAUUCUGUAUCUCCUACCCCCCGUCUGAAGAUGACAGGGGGAGCAAAUCCCAUAGUUCUUAUUCCCCAACCGUCGGAUGACCCCAAAGACCCAUUGAACUGGAGCCCUCGCAAAAAGAAUUUUAUGCUUUUUGUUAUCUGCUACGCAGGCUUUGCUGGUAUGAACCUACCCAACAGCCAGCAACUCACCUUCUAUGUCCAGACGGCAGCCUAUCCAGGACGCACGGAAGUGGAUCUCUCAUACUCCGUCACUGCCUGUGUGGUUGGUCUGGUGUUUGGUCCUCUCAUUUUUUGGCCGUUGGCACGAAAGGUUGGCCGGAGUUCGCUUAUGCUUUGGAGUCUGGUGGUGGGCUUUGUCUGCCAAAUUUGGGCCGCGCUCAUGACAGGGCCGAAUGAUUACAUCCCCUUCAUGCUGUCUCGUGUGGUAUCAGGCCUGGCCUCCUCUAUCCCAACCGUCCUUGGGCCUUCCUAUGCAGUGGAUAUCUUCUAUCUUCAUCAACGUGGGCGUGUCUUUUCCAUCUUCGAGCUCAGCAUCCUCCUCGGGGUCAAUGUCGGCCCUACAAUCAGUGGCUUUAUUGUCAAUUCUGCCUCUUGGACUUGGGCAUUCUGGUGGACACUGAUCCCUUGUGGUCUGGCAAUUAUGCUCGUCUUCCUCUGUGUGGAGGAGACAGGUGGAUGGUCGACUACACCUGGAGCUCCUUCAUAUCCACCUCAACCUACCUCUUACUGGGCCAACCGAGUGGCUACCUUUCUUCCAGGUCACAAAAUCGUUCCGCGAGAAAGCUGGGGCCAGACUGCCCGGGAAGCGAAAAAGCCUUUCAUUAUCCUUACGGCACCAAUCACUCUCAUUGCUGGUGGAUACAUCUUCAUCAGCUUCGCUUUCGUUAUCUUGACCAGUGUUCUGUUGACGAUAUUCUUAGAGGCCCCCAUAUCCGAAGGCGGAUACGGGUUUACCCCCCUGCGGAACGCAUUGUUUACCAUGGAUGCUUGGUUUGCAAUCUUCGUCACCCAGAUUGUCGGCUGGUGCGUGGGAGACCGCAUUCCCCUUUGGGUCUCACGGCGGUUCGGUAAGGGUGUCUGGCACCCUGAAUAUCGACUCUACAACAUCUUGCUCCCAGGCCUGGUGGCACCCAUCGGUCUUGGCCUCUUUGGAGCGGCAGUGCAGUAUCACCUCCACUACAUGGUGCUGGCGCUUGGAUUCUUCUUCAUCGUAUUCAGUUCGAUGCUUGCCGUUCCCAUCUGCCUCAACUACAUUGUUGAAUGUUACAAGAACGAUGCCAAUGAAGCGGCUAUUGCAAUGAAUGUGUGGAGAAUGGGCUUUGCCAUUGCUACCGGGUUCAUCUACUCCCCCUGGAUGGACGCCGUUGGUGUGGGAUGGAUGUUCGGCAUGGCCGCAUUCUUCUCGAUCUUCGCGCUUCUAAUGGUCGGAGUGCUAGUCUGGAAAGGGCCCCACCUGAGAGCUAUCUCGCCGAUGCUAUCGUGUGAGGAAGGUGAGGUGAUAGGACAAGACAAGAACAGCAGUGCUUCGUCGCUGUCUGACGUGGAGAGCGCUCAGACUGAGUCCACCAUCGAGAUUACCACCGAACUGAAGGCUUAG